GUGGUGUAUACCAGUAUAUAGUUGGUGGUGUAUACCAGUAUAUAGUUGGUGGUGUAUACCAGUAUAUAGUUGGUGGUGUAUACCAGUAUAUAGUUGGUGGUGUAUACCAGUAUAAGGUUGGUGGUGUAUACCAGUAUAAAGUUGGCAUUGCAUCCAGGUGUGCGACAUGACGCUAACAUGAAAUACGACCUCCAACUGGCAAACCCCAAGGAAUUUUACCACGAAGUUCAUCGACCGUCACAUUUCCUAAACUUUGCUUCCAUGGAAGAUGGUGGUUGGGCGACAUUAAUGGCAGAUCGAGAGGAUUUUUUUGGUUAAAUCAAUCAUGUGUUUGUAAAUAAAGCAUUGUACAUUGGAUAUGUGUGGCGUCAUGUGUGGAUACGAGGUUAACCAAAGCUGGAAAAUUACAAUCAGAUCACGAAGUUCUGGAAACGUUCAGGGUUUUAAUGUUUCAGUUUAAAAAAGCAUAAAAUCAAAAACGUUUGUAAACGUACAAGCAUAAAUAAUUUGUGAUAAAACUCGUCCAAUUUAUAUUUUGAUUGACAUCUGCCGAGUAGGCUUCUCGGGAAAAUCUCGACAUUCUGUUCGAAACGGAAACAACAUAUCGGUUCGUUUGGUUGAGCAGACCACGUCGACUAAGUUUAGGAAUCCAACUUUGUGCUGCCGGGUAAACGAGGUUUAGAUAGGCAGGCAGUUAAUAUGUUUAAACAAAUCGUAGUUUUGUUUAAUUUCUUGGUUUAUUCAGUUGUGAUUGAAGGAUCCAAUCUUCGAAUCUCAACAUUAAAUUGCGUUCAUACUUUUACAUGGAAUGGAACAACAACCCACCAAGUAAAACACACGAUCUACAAGUUACAUGAAACUAACGACGACCAAUAUAAUUCCUACGGCGAGUGGUUGCCAGUUACGGGGUGUGUUAACGUCACAAUGACCAUGUGCGUCAUGCAAGAGCCGCUUGAUGACUUCACAAUAACACAUGUCUAUAUGAUCGGCGACGCGUCGACCAACCGAACGAUGACAAAUAUUGAUGAAAAUAAACUUCUGUAUUUCACGCCCUUUCGUGACGAAACUCUGAGAUUUUCUGCCCCAAAUUUUCAAGUUGUUCGAAACAAAAGUAGUUUCAUGGUCGAAUUUCAACAAAAGCCGGUCAGUUGGUGGGGAAAUGUUACUGUGGCGAGCUACCUGCGGAAUAUGGGAUUCUUUUUAACCUACUACGUUAGUUACUAUGGCUACGAUGCUAACAACCACAACAAUGAUCGAACACCGGUUCAUUCAAAGAUGUUAGACGCCAUAGAAACAACAUUAACGGUGACAACGUCGGUUCCGGAUGACUGGUUUCUUUGUAUUCAAAUAAAAAUUACAUUUGAGGAGAAAUCCGAUAACAUAUCAAGCUCAGAUUCACAAAUCUGCAGCGCACCAAUAGUUAAGUUCGAAGCUGUAACGAAUCCUACACAACGAUGGUUGCUCCCAACACUCAUAGUGGUCGCCAUGGUUUCAAUCCUUGCCGCGUUUUGUUUCUGCAAAACAAGAUGGAAAAAACUUUGCUUUCAAAUAUUUUCAAUUCGAGAAAUCACCAUCCCGGAUUUCCAGAUUGAAUGUUGGAUGAACGAAACUCAACAUUUUGAUCGUGGCGAUGAAAUGAAAGAAGUUCCAGAUUUGAUUCAACCGCGUGUGGCUUCGUACCACCGGCGUGUGGCUUCGCACCACGGGCCCGUGGCUUUGUACCACGGCUGGGAUGAAGACAUUCAUGACUACACUAACGUGCCACCACAAGAUGACAACCCCAUGUUUACAUCGAUUGUUACAACCUCCAGUGAAGACGAGGAUCAACAACACGAAUGUUCAAGAGGAAUAUUUUAUGAAAACAAACCAGGUCCGUACGUAACAACAGCAGCACCUUACGUCACCAUUGAACAAGCCUACAACCUACAACAGGAUUUUGAUGAUGACAAAAAUAAAAAACAACCCCACAGUUUGUAUGAAGAUAUUUGUUUCCCGGCAAUUCUAAAUGAAACGACGUCUUUAGACAGGCUGUAACGUGGUUGUUUCCCAGAUCAAUUUCGCUUUUGUAAAUAACAUAAAAUAAUAAAUGCUCACUGUCAAGUUA